AUGUUUUUGUUUUCCCUUUAUCCAAACAUUUUAUUGCUUAUAGUAAUUUGUCCAAAAACACAAAUUUCCAUUUCCAAAUGUCGACAAAACGGUCAAGAAGUAGGCGCAUUUUUGGGUUGGCAGAGAGGGUUUCAACAAGGAAUUGUAUUCAAAUUCUUAAUUCAUUGGGUUGGGAAAUAUAAAAAGGAACAGCAGAGAUAA